GCCUGUCCUCUCUCCCGCUGCAGAACCUGCAGACCCAGGGCUGGCCAUGAAGGUUCUGCUCCUCACCGGGCUGGGGGCCCUGUUCUUCUCGUACUAUUGGGAUGACAACUUUGACCCUGCUGGCCUGCAGGGAGCCCGAGUGCUGCUGACCGGGGCCAGCGCAGGCAUUGGGGAGGAGCUGGCUUAUCUCUACGCGCGCCUGGGCGCCCACCUGGUGCUCACGGCCCACACCGAGGCCCUCCUGCAAAAGGUGGUAGGGAACUGCCGGAAGCUGGGCGCUCCCAAGGUCUUCUUCAUCGCUGCGGACAUGGCCUCCCCUGAGGUGCCCGAGCGCGUGGUGCGGUUUGCGCUGGACAAGCUGGGAGGGCUGGACUACCUCGUGCUGAACCACCUCGGCGCCACCCCGGCAGGCACGCGGUCCCGAAGCGUCCAGGCGACACGCUGGCUCCUACAGGUGAACUUCCUGAGUUACGUGCAGCUGACUUCGUUGGCGCUGCCCAGCCUGACGGACAGCAAAGGCUCUCUGGUGGUCGUGUCCUCGCUGCUCGGCCAUGUGCCCACAUCCUUCUCCAGCCCAUACUCGGCUGCCAAGUUCGCGCUGGACGGCUUCUUCGGCUCUCUACGGCGGGAGCUGGACGUGCAGGACGUGAACGUGGCCAUCACCAUGUGUGUCCUGGGCCUCCGGGAUCGCGCCUCGACCGCCGAGGGAGUCAGGGGCAUCACGAGGGCCAAGGCGGCCCCAGGGCCCAAGGCAGCCCUGGCCGUGAUCCGCGGCGGCGCCACACGCGCCCCUGGUGUCUUCUACCCGUGGCGCUUCCACCUGCUCUGCCUGCUCCGGGGAUGGCUGCCGCACCCGAGGGCCUGGUUCAUCCGCCAGGAGCUCAACGUCACCGCUGCCGCUGCUGCCUGAGCCCCCGGCCGUGGCACUCCUUCAUCUUCCCGGAGGGGAACCCUCCAUCCAGCCGCCCCAGAGUGGCGGCGACACAAACCGAGACACCUCUGAGCUGUUGACCGUGGCUCAAGACAGAGUCAUCAAGACAGAAAAGGACAACCGAGAAAGUCUACCAGCCCCUGGAAACGGUCACAACUACGGUCGGGGUGACACGGUUGCUGCUUUCAUUUUGCAGAUGAGAAAGCUGAGGCUCAGAGAGGUGGUGUGACUUGCCCAGGCCCCUGGCCAUGUCAAACAGGGCAC